UUUCAGUCGGCUGCUUCUAUUGCAAAAAGCGUUACCAUAAAAUUUAAUUAUUAUGUACUCAUGUUUUUCACAACACUGAAAAGUAAAUUUUAUCAAAAGUAAACAAUUACUUUUCCUUCAUUUUUUUUUUAUUCAUCUUCCUUUUGAACUGAGUAGACAAUUUCGUAACAAAUAUAUUAAAAUUUUUAAGCAAUAAUAUUUUCAAAAUAUUUAUGGAACUAAUUGGAUUGGUUUACAGUUUUGAUUGGGGGAAAAUAGGUAAUGAGUCCAUAGUGGCCCAACUGGCAGCACUUAACGACCCGGCAUUUAAGGUCCAAGAAAAUAUGCAUUACGCCCAACUAUGUAUAGGCUCCUACCCAGGGGAAGUUGCGAAGUACAAAGAAAGUGGCGAAACAUUAACGACAGAAUUGCCAUUUAUGCUGAAAGUGCUGAGUAUGAACAAGGCGAUAAGUUUACAUGUUCAUCCGAACAAAAACAAAGCUGAAUACUUGCAUUUAAGAGAGCCCAAAUUCUACAGAGAUCCCAGUCAUAAACCGGAAAUGGCAAUCGCUCUAACACCCUUCGUGGCUGUAUGUGGUUUUCGGCCACUAUCCGAAAUCAAGAAUAUGUUAAUGGAUAUAUAUCCACUAAAAAAAUUAGUAAUGGCCGAUUCUGAUGACAUCGACCUUUUGGCUGCGGGCGAUGAACAAGGUUUGCGUAAUUGCUAUCAAAAACUAUUUGAUAGAGACUUAGAUGCUUUAAUUGAAUGCGUGGAAGCAAUAUCCAAAGACUUUGGCAAAGAAAUGUGCAAAUUUGAUGUACUGGAAAUAUUCAAUAUACUCAAAAGGGACUUUCCCAAGGAUAUUGGUGUAAUUUCUAUAUUCUUUUUGAAUGUUAUACGUCUGAAACCCGGUCAGGCGAUGUUUGCCGAUACAGGCCAAAUUCAUAGUUAUCUAUCUGGCGAUUGUAUCGAGUCCGUGGCACUUUCUGACAAUGUGAUACGCGUCGGUUUAACAAAAAAAUAUAGAGAUACCAAACAUUUAUCCAACAUACUGAAUUACAAAAGUCCCACGGCUGAGGGCAUAAUACUCAAGCCCGAACGCAUUGAUGAUCAGCGUUUGUUAUUCCAGCCACCUAUUGAAGAUUUUGCAGUCACGCAAAUAACUUUGAGACCUGAAGAUAAUGUUUAUGCUUUACAAAUUGAACAAUCUCCUGGUAUAAUGCUGGUUUUAAGUGGUCAACGCACUUUGGUAGUGCAAGGUGUAAAUCAAUCGCAAUUAAAACGUGGAUCUAUUCUCUUUCUGCCCUACAAAGCGGGUACUGAACUGCAGUUUUUAUCCAGUGGAGAGGAGAAAGAAAAUUUUGUGGCUUACAUCAACACUGCAAAUACCCAACCAAACCUGACAACAGAUACAUAAUCGAAGUUCUUGAAAGUAUAAUUAGAAUAAAAUGUAAGGUUGACUUUAAGUGGCCCGCAGUAAAUGUAAGAAUUGCCAAAAAUAAUAUAUUUCGUAAUAUUUUAUCUCGAAUGUCAAACUGGUUCUUUUAUGCCAAACUGAAUCCAGAACUCCAUGUGUAAGGACAAAAUCGUUUGUGUUAUAGAAAUAAAAUAGUUAGUUUUAUAGAAAAUAUAUGUACUUGAUAUUGCUUACGAAAA